AUGAAAUUCACAUCUGCCAUCAGCGCCGUGCUCGGCGCUGCUACCUCUGUAGCUGCUGCUUCCGACAGCCUGCCAACAAUCACGGCUGUGGGCAGCAAGUUCUUCCUCAGCAACGGCACCCAGUUCUUCCUGAAGGGUGUCGCGUACCAGCUGUCCGAUGACGACCCGCUGGUCGACGAGAAGCAGUGCACCCGCGAUGCCGCCUUGAUGAAGACCCUAGGGGCCAACAGCAUUCGCGUCUACCACGUCGACGCUUCUGCCGACCACUCGGGCUGUAUGACCGCCUUUGCUGAUGCUGGCAUCUAUGCGCUCAUCGACCUGGACACCUUCAGCACAUACAUCCUGUCUCCCACAAUGACCGAUGCGACGUGGAACGAGACUCAGUUCGACCGCUUUUCGGCUGUCAUGGACGCGUUCUCCAGCUACGACAACGUGCUCGGCUUCUUUGUCGGCAAUGAGGUCAUUGCCAAGGCCGACGAGUCUCUGGCCGCCCCCUACAUCAAGGCUGCCGCCCGCGACAUGAAGGCCUACCGCGAUUCUAAGGGCUACCGCAAGUUCCCUAUCGGCUACUCUGCCGCUGAUAUCGCCGAGCUGCGCCCCAUGCUCCAGGACUACCUCACCUGCGGCAACGCGUCCGACUCGGUCGACUUCUACGCGCUCAACUCGUACGAGUGGUGCGACCCGUCCUCCUACACCGGCUCUGGCUACUCGUCUCUCGAGUCGCAGGCUAAGGACUUCCCGGUGCCCAUCUUCUUCUCCGAGACCGGCUGCAACACCCCGGGUCCCCGCUUGUUCGCGGACCAGGCCGCCAUCUUCGGCGACCAGAUGGUCGACGACUGGAGCGGUGCCAUUGUCUACGAGUGGAUCCAGGAGGCGAACAACUACGGUCUCGUUGCCUACGGCUCUGGUGAUGCCACUGCUAGCGGUGCGACCGUGGUGCGCAGCGGCACGCCGACGCCCAUCUCGCCUGACUUCAACAACCUGAAGUCUCAGUGGGCCACGCUGACGCCGACGGGUGUUGUCAGCUCCAAGUAUAAUGCAGCCUCGAGCGUGUCGUCACGUGCGUGCCCUGCCUCGACCGUCAGCGGCUGGCUCGUUGACGGCGAUGUCUCGCUGCCCACCGUUGGCGAUUCGCUUGCCGUCCACACGUCAGGCCAGAGCGGCAGCGCGGCCACUGCCAAGACGACGAGCGCGAGCAAGACAGGCACCGCUACCGCUACCGGCACCAGCGCCAGCGCCUCAGCUUCGGCCACAAAGGCUUCGAACGCCAAUGCUAUGGGUCGUGGCGUGAUUUACACGAGCGGAGCAACCGGCGUCCACCUGACGAUCCCUCCGACUUGCUUAUCUUGUCGCCACCGCCUCUGGUGCAUGGAACGCGGCUCGGCCGACGCCACGGAGCUGUACGAGUACGAACAUAGCAGCGGUGACGGCAUGGCAGCACGCGACGACGAGCAGCCGCUGCUGGCGGACGAGCAGCCGAGCGGCCGGAGCGACCGGACAGAUGCGGAGCGGCUGCUGGGAGGCGACGACAGCAAGAGCGGGCAGCACGGACCCGGAGUGUUUGUGUGGCUGCUGACGUUGUCAGCAGGCAUCAGCGGGCUUCUGUUUGGGUACGACACCGGCGUGAUCUCGGCCACGCUCGUCUCGAUCGGGUCGUCGCUCUCGGGGCGGCCGCUGUCGUCGCUCGACAAGUCGGUCAUCACGUCGUGCACGUCGCUGGCCGCGCUGGUGGCCUCGCCGGCGGCCUCGGUGCUGGCAGACGCGCGCGGCCGGCGAGCGGUGAUCCUGGCGGCCGACGUGCUCUUCGUGGCGGGCGCGCUCGUGCAGGCGGGCAGCCACACGGUCGGAGCCAUGGUGGCAGGACGGUCGGUCGUCGGCGUGGCCGUGGGCGCGGCCAGCUUCGUGGUGCCGCUCUACAUCGCCGAGGUCAGCCCGGCAGCCCAUCGCGGCCGGCUGGUGACGAUCAACGUGCUCUUCGUGACGCUCGGCCAAGUCGUCGCCUACGUGCUCGGCUGGCUGCUGGCCGCGUUCCUGGACGUCCGUCUGGCCUGGCGCUGCAUGGUCGGUCUCGGCGCCGUCCCGGCCGUCGUCCAGGCCGUCCUUCUGCUCGCCUCCAUGCCCGAGUCGCCGCGCUGGCUCGUCCGCGUCGGCCGGCCUGCUGACGCCCGUCUGGUCAUCGCUCGCAUCCUCGCCGUCCCCCCCGACGCUCCCGAUACCGUCGACACUCUCCGCGCCAUCGAGGCUGAGGUCCGCCAGGAACACGAGGCUUCCCGGCUGCGUCACCACCGACAGCUGCAGCGGCGCAGCGCCCGACUCACCACAACCUCGAUCCCCAUCCUCUCUCGCCUCGUCGCCCGGCUCGACGGCAGCGCCUGGUCCGCCCUCUUCGCCGUUCGCCGCAACCGCCGCGCCCUGGCCAUCGCCUGUCUGCUGCAGGGACUCCAGCAGCUCUGCGGCUUUAACUCGCUCAUGUACUUCUCUGCAACGAUCUUCUCCAUCGUCGGCUUCGACCAGCCCACGCUCACGUCGCUCACCGUGGCCGCCACCAACUUUGUCUUCACUGUGGCCGCCCUGCUGCUGGUCGACCGCAUCGGCCGGCGCCGCGUGCUGCUGUGGUCCAUCCCCGUCAUGAUCGCAGGCCUGCUUCUGGUGGCCUACGGCUUCUCCUUCCUGCAUGUGUCCGUGUCGGGACCACGGCCGGGCGAGUCGGACAGCCGGGCAGCAGAACACGGCACCGGCGCUGCCUACGUCGUCCUGGUCAGCAUCAUGCUUUACGUGGCCUCGUACGCCAUCGGUCUCGGCAACGUGCCGUGGAUGCAGAGCGAGCUGUUUGCGCUCGACGUUCGCUCGCUGGGCAGCGGCCUGUCUACAGCCACCAAUUGGCUGGCCAACUUUGCCGUCGGCCUCACCUUUCUGCCGCUCAUGGACGCCCUAUCGCCGUCCUGGACGUUUGUGCUGUAUGCCGCCGUCUGUGCGGUCGGCUUCGUGCUGGUGCGCGCCUGCUACCCCGAGACCAGCGGGCUGAGCCUGGAGGAGGCUGCCGGUCUGCUGGAGGAAGACGACUGGGGCGUGCACCGGUAG